GGCGCGCUCUGAGAUCAGAUGGCUUUUGUUGAGUAAAAGUGCUGUUUCAGGCUGAGGGAUGAGGCGGUGCAGGCGUGAGGGGGUCCCGGCAGUGUCUCAGAGAGCCGGGGUUGGGUCACGUGAGUGACCGCAUCCACGCGGUGACAGACCGGCCUUUAUGCUCAACACAGUGACAUCAGGGCUGAUCUGGAGGCCGGCAUGUUCCUCCACUCGGCCUAUUGUGUCUCCCACAAUGCCCUGAAAGAUCUCACUGCUUCUGAGUGAGUGGCGUCUGCCCGCUGCCUUCCUGAGCCCCCCAGAGUGGUCUUUGGGUGGGUGUUUUAUAUGUGUGUGUGUGUGUGUGUGUGUGAUCACUGUUUACAGGCACAUUAUUCACAGUGUAGGGUAAUGAGAACUAUAGCACUGGCACUGUGAACUGUGGGCUGUGAGACAGGAGGCCGGACCAGAGGGAGCGACACCAAGUGUGUGUGUGUGUGUGUUUGGUGUGUGUGUGUCCAUCAUGAGUGUCAGGCACCAGAGAAAGCAGCCAGAGUGAGAGUGAGAUACAGAUACAGAGAGAUGUCGCUGUAGAAGGACAGUGUGACCCUGAGAUACUCUGCUGUUUUAUUAUGAAUGAGAGAGAGGAAGUUCUGGAGAGCUGCAGUAUUGGACCUGAGGGAUGGACAGAUCUGAAGAAGGAAUGACUGAAGAGUGAAGCAGUGUGAGAUGUCUGAGUUGGAGCAGCUGCCCAGGGCGCACCUCGCGGCGACCCUGCAGCACUGGCGGCGGGAUGCGGAGGACCCGGUGGAGCUGUGGUGGUUCGGUGACCCCUGCGUCUCCCUGCUCUGUUACUGCUCCUCCGUGGCGCUGGUUCUGGGCCUGGGUCUGGCCGGGGUCUUCGUGCUGUCCUCGGCCGGCUCCGUCACCGGCCCCUCGGCUCUGUGGCGGCUGGCCGUGGGCUCCACGCUCUGCCUGCUGGCGCUGGCCGUCCUGCUGAAGCAGCUGCUCAGCUCGGCCGUGCAGGACAUGGGCUGCAUCCGGAGCCGGAGGAGGAUCCUGCAGCUGCGCAGCGGGGGCUUCAUGGACCCCCUGCUCCUGCUGGCCACCGGUCUGGCCCUGAUGGUCUGCGGUGCUGCACUGCUGCUGGGCCUCAGCCGCUCAGAGACGCUGAUGUCCGGGACGGUGCUGCUGUCCGGCGGGGCUGCUGUGGUUCUGGCUGUGGUGAUCUAUGGAACAGUGGUGUUUAUAAAGAAACGUAGGAACAGGAGGAGGAUGAGGAGGAGAAGAGUAGUGAGGAGGAGAAGGAGGGUGAGAGUGUACACAGUCACAGGACAGAGGAGCCAACCGUGGAGAGUCUCGGCCUCCAGCCAAGCAAGUCUGAUAUAAGACAAUGAAAAAAGUAGAAAAAGUAGAAAUUAAGGAGGAGAGAACAUGAUGAGGCCAAGAUGCAUGAAAAAAAAAAACUGUGAUUAAAUGCCAGAUACCGCAGGUCACCAUCAUUACCACCCACUACACCAGCUGUCCACAGCGGAUGUUGAUGCCUUCUAUGAUGCCCAUACAUCUUUAGAAAUGAAAUAUCACAUCCGUCUGCACCCACUAACACUGGCUCAGACUCAGACUGAUUAUUCACAUUGCCUUGUCAUGAGCACGUUGUCAAGUGUUUAGCCUCGUUCACAGGAUAAUAAUACUUUACAAAUUAUACAGGUGUGGCCGUUCUCAAGACGUCCUCUGAAGAGUUUAUGGUCAGUGUUCGUACUGCUCUUCUAUGAGUUUUUAAAAAUGUGUUUUAAAAUAAAGUUCAAGAUUCUUUUUUUAUCAA